AUCCACAAGCAGUACUCAGUAGUAGUAUAUUGUUCAAGACACACCAUGUGUGUCCUUUCUAAGUUGUGCAAAGACGUGAUCGCUAAAUUCAUCCACCAGGAUUUCCAUGGAGUCGUUGCUAAGAUGUCAGUCCUCGAUGCUUUCUGCUUCUUGAUUGUGCACUCCGUCGACAAGAAGAACCUGUGGCACAAGCUGCCGGUGAUUUUGGGUCUGGCUUACCUGGCGAUUCGUCGGCACCUUCACCAAGUCCACAACUUGCUCAACGUCGGUGGGCAGCUCCCCGGCGACGGUUUCGACCCGGCCGAUUAUCCUCACAGGACGGAAGACGGAAGGUAUAAUGAUCCCUUCAAUGGAGUUGCAGGCGGGCAGAACACUUUCUUUGGAAGAAACAUGAUGCCCUCUGCUGAAGACAAGGUGAUAACGCCACAUCCUGCCGUAGUGGCUACGAAGCUGCUAGCAAGGAGAUCUGGUGAGAAAUACAAGGACACAGGGAAACAGUUCAACAUGGUGGCAGCUUCUUGGAUUCAGUUCAUGAUCCACGACUGGGUUGAUCAUCUCGAGGAUACCAAACAGAUAGAACUGAGUGCACCAAAAGAAAUCGCAGGCCAGUGCCCUCUCAGUUCAUUCAAGUUCUAUGCCACUAAGGAACUUCCAACUGGCUCCAAAGACAUCAACACUGGCACACUCAAUAGGCGCACAUCUUGGUGGGAUGCAAGUGUGAUCUAUGGGAAUGAUGCGAAAAGGGCGCUGAAAGUGAGGGAGUUGACAGAUGGGAAGCUGAAGAUAGGUGAAGAUGGUCUUCUUCAGCAUGAUGAACAAGGGUUGGGCAUAUCAGGAGACAUUCGUGGUACUUGGAUUGGUACCACAACCCUGCAGGCCCUUUUCAUCAAAGAGCACAAUGCUGUCUGUGACAUGCUCAAGAAAGAAUAUCCUGACUUGGGAGAUGAAGAACUAUACAGACGAGCACGAGUGGUGACUUCUGCCGUGAUAGCCAAGAUACACACCAUCGAUUGGACCGUCGAACUCUUGAAGACGGAUACACUGUUAGCCGCGAUGCGAACAAACUGGUAUGGACUUCUGGGGAAAUGGUUCAAGGACACGUUUGGCCACAUCGGAAACGAUAUACUUGGAGGUAUUGUUGGCAUGAAGAAGUCGGAGAAUCAUGGAGUUCCAUACUCGCUAACCGAGGAGUUCGUCAGCGUUUACAGAUUGCACCCGCUCUUGCCUGACGAAUUCCUCAUUAGCGACAUUUCAUCAAGUACUGAUGAAGAAGAAUCAGCAGCUUCCAAAGAGUCCCUUCCUGUGGCUGAAAAGCUGCCCAUGUCGGAGUUGAUAGGCUCGAAGGGAGACAAGGCUUUGUCAGAAAUUGGGUUCACUAAGCAAAUGGUGUCCAUGGGCCACCAGGCCUGUGGGGCUCUUGAGCUAUGGAACUACCCAAAUUGGCUUAGGGAGGUAGUGCCCCAAGAUCCAGAUGGCAGGGAUAGGCCCGAUCUUGUGGACCUGCCAGCUCUCGAAGUUUUUAGGGAUAGGGAGCGAAAAGUUGCGAGGUACAAUGACUUCCGUAGACAGAUGUUGAUGAUACCUAUAUCGAAGUGGGGAGAUCUGACGGACGACCAAGAAGCAAUUCAAGUGCUCACUGAUGUUUAUGGCGAUCGAAUCGAAGAACUGGAUCUUCUAGUCGGGCUCAUGGCAGAGAGAAAGAUCAAAGGGUUCGCCAUAAGCGAGACUGCAUUCUUCAUAUUCCUGAUCAUGGCUACGAGGAGGUUGGAGGCUGACAGGUUCUUCACGAGCCACUACGGCGAGGAAACAUACACAAAGAAGGGUCUCGAAUGGGUGGACACGACUGAGUCUCUUCGACAAGUGAUCGAUCGUCAUUAUCCUGAAAUGACCAAGAAAUGGAUGAACUCCGCCAGUGCAUUCAGUGUCUGGGAUGCGCCUCCGCAAUCUGAAAAGCACGUUCCUCUCUAUCUUCGGAUUCCAUGAAUCGUGUGACUAAUAAAGUUCAUUAUUAUGCCGUCAAUGUUUUAUGUUAAUUUCAAGUAGUCCUUUGAUGAAUAAAACUAUAUCAAUGCUGUAAUGUCAAGAGUUAUGUUUGGAAUUGUUUUUUCUUCUUCUUCGGAUUGGGGUAAUUUGGACCAGCAUACAUUAACAAUGUUGGCAGUGUUGACUUGUUCUAGUUCUUGUUGUUGGCGAUUGGAUUGGUGGAAAAUAGAGGAUUGUGUCUGAUAAUUAACAAGAAUCUCGACCAUUAUUCUGCACGGAUUAUAAUAUUCCUAUAAGACCUUUUUUCAGUCCAAGAAAACUUUACAGUGAGUUUCUUUUUAGUUUUUAAGAAAAUACCAAAUGUAAG